AUGGCUAAACAUGAUCUUCAUGAUCUUGGUGCGAUCGUUCCUAAAUUUACAUGGUGUAAUAAUAAGCAAGGGGUUGCCAGGAUUUGGGAACGCUUGGACCGUUGCUUGCUAAAUUCUCUUGCUCUACAGCUAGUCCCGUCUGCAUCCAUUCAGCACCUAGUUAGGAUCUCUUCUGAUCACUGCCCCAUUUCUUUUUACCUUGAGAACUCUACUCGGGAUUCAACCAAAAUUUUCAGAUUUGAAGACACCUGGAAAUCAUAUGCAGCCACUUGGAAUAUUGUUGCAAAGGCUUGGGGAAAAAAUGACUACGGAGAUGAAGCUGAUGUUCUUAAUAGGAAGAUAAAGAGAUCCUCGAAAUCUCUCUUCUUUUGGAAUAAGAAUACCUGCAAAAACCUGAACCAGUUAAAAGAAGAUUUAAAAAUAAACAUUUUUAACUUGCAAAAACAAGAAGACGAGGAAGGAAGUUUAGGUUCAGAUAAUCUUACUCUUUUAAGAAGUAAGGUCUGA